GGUCGCAGCGGCCAGAUAGUCUCCCCUGGCGAUGGGAUUGUUCGUUUCUACAGUACUAUUCACAAUUAUUUACACAUACAAGAGGCGAAUCCCAAGCUCUACCUCAUUUAGCGUGUUUACUACAACGGGAAAAGAUGGACUUUCAAAAUCGUCCUGGCGGCAAAACCGGCGGCGGCGGCGUCGCCUCCUGGUCGGAGAGCAAUCGCGAUCGCCGGGAACGGCUGCGACAGCUCGCCUUGGAGACUAUCGAUUUGAACAAGGAUCCGUACUUUAUGAAAAACCACCUUGGCUCGUACGAGUGCAAACUUUGUCUGACCUUGCACAACAACGAGGGGAGUUACUUGGCGCAUACGCAGGGCAAGAAGCAUCAAGCUAAUUUAGCCAGGCGUGCUGCGAAGGAGGCUAAGGAAGCGCCGCAAACCUUGGCACCGGAGAAGCCGCGGGUCGAACCAAAGAAAUUCGUCAAGAUUGGUAGACCCGGUUAUCGAGUCACCAAGCAGCGCGAUCCAGAAUCCGGCCAGCAGAGUCUGUUGUUCCAGGUGGAUUACCCUGAAGUGGCGGAUAAUGUAAUACCACGACACAGGUUUAUGUCCGCAUACGAACAGAGGGUAGAGCCACCGGAUCGCAAGUGGCAAUACUUGUUGUUCGCUGCUGAGCCAUACGAAACCAUCGCUUUCAAGGUUCCCAGUAGGGAGGUGGAGAAAGCGGAGGGAAAGUUUUGGACUCAUUGGAACAAAGACACAAAGCAAUUCUUUUUGCAAUUUGCGUUCAAGAAUGAGAAACCAUCCGUAGGCAAAGUGCCGCCGCCACCAGUUCCACUUAUUAGGCCAGGGCUCGGCCCAAUGGUACCAGUUCCACCACCUCCGCCGAGACCGCCCAUGUUCAAUCCAGUACCACCGCCGCCGGCUCUUUUGGCCACUGGAAUGCAAAUACCUCCUCCACCACCUCACAUAGCAUAAGGUGUUUGAUGAGAUAAAAAAUCUUUUUCUUGACAAGCUCAAGUAUACAAUCUUCUUCUUGGAAAUAUCACUUCGUUUAUACUUUUACUGCCAAAACGCGAAACCAAUCUCGCUGCUAUGAGUGAGAUUCUCACGAAGUCGAAGAAUGUGUAAUAUACUUGGUACAUGUAAAAUAUCAAUGUAAGAAUAGGAUAAAUCGGACAAUGUAUAUGUUUAAAAAAAAUGUUUAUUUGUCGUGACAUCGAAAUACAUCUUUCAUUUCUAUUGAGAUUUUUGAUCUCAUCAUCUUUAGAAAGUACUUUACAGAUUUGUAUUAUCGUGUCACGAAAGAUGAUGCUCUGAAAAUAAAAUAUAGGAGUUAGUAUAUUGAAUAUAUGGCUUUUUUUAAAAGAA